GCUUUCAUUCAUUCCCUCCCUCUCUCUCUUUAUAUUAGCAGAUUCCCAAUCAUCCCUUCCACUGUUUGGGAAACAACCAUAAUUGCACCCAACAGGACCAUAGAAACCUGAGCUCCCAAGUUACCCACUUCUUUGAUAGCCAAUUAUAUAUACAUAUAUAAGUUCAUCCAUCAAUCUCCAUCAACUUGCAAUUGCAUGAUGGGCUCUAACUCUUCUGUGAGUGGCUUCUACAACUUGCUCACACAAGGACUCAAUGAACUCCACCAAUCCUUCCUCUCCCACUCCUCCUUCAUGUCAUUCCAAUUCCUUUCACAGGUCAUCUCCUCUCUCCAAUCCUUCCAUUCCCAACUCACCAUUUUGGUCCGCAAGCUUUGGUUGCCCGUUGGAGGCAAAUGGUUGGAUGAAUACAUGGACGAAAGCUCCAGGCUUUGGGAUGCUUGCCAUGUACUCAAGUCUGCCAUUUCUGGAAUGGAAAAUUAUUAUUUAGCUGCCUCUAACAUAGCUUCUUCUUUGGAUGCUUACCAUUAUUUUACUCCACAACUUUCACGUCAGGUCAUUCGAGCGAUAAAUGUUUGUCAAAGGGAGAUUCUAGGAUUGGAAGAGGAAAACAGGAGCUUGAUGGAAACAAGGAUUGAACCGUUGUCUCAAUGUUUGAUUCAGAACAUCUCAAUGGAAUCCAAGUUAAACGGAUUCAGUGGAUUCCGAGGUGUUCUCUAUGCAAUGCGGAGUGUUAGUUCACUGCUUCUGAUGAUUCUGCUUAGCGGACUUGCGUAUUGUUGGUCCUCCUCUUGCUUUCACCAAGGGUACGAUGGGCACAUGGUUUUUGGAUCCACUGGCUUCAUGGUUUCAAUGGCAAUACUGCAGCAGAAAGUGGCAGAGGAGAUAGACCAGAAUAUUGAAGGGGGGCAGCCAGGGAUUCUGCUGUUUGAGUUUCAAAAAGCAAAGAAUGCCAUGGAGGAACUAAAACUGGAGUUGGAGAGAAUAGCAAUAAGUUGUUAUGAAGAAGGGCAUGCUGAUCAUGAGAUCCAAGAAAAAAUUCACAACGUCAAGAGUUGCUUUGGGUUGUUGAGAUGUGGGGUCGAGACUAUAACGGGGCAACUUGAUGAUUUCUUUGAUGAAAUAGUAGAAGGAAGGAAGAAGCUUUUGGACAUGUGCAGUCAUAGGUAGAAAAUCAAACAUUUUUUUAUCAUACGCAGCCAUAUCAAGAGGAGAAAAUAAAUGAAGCAAUAUGUCAUCCUCUUUUUUUUUCAACCACCAUCAUUAGGAUUUUUAGCUUUCUUGUGGGAUCCCGAGUUAUUCCACAAGUUUCAGUCAUUUAAGUCGAUUAUAAGACUAAUUCUUGAUUCAGAAUUUAAUCACACUUAAACCUCUUCAUCCA